GCGCCCACCCAGUACGUGGUGCAGUGAAUGAAGUGAUCGUCGAUCGGGCCGGACAACGUUACAUCCAACCGACGCAUGCAGCUGCGUUUAUUAAUUGGAAAGAGGACUCUAUCUCUCAUCGAUCAAACUGGCGGGCCGAUCCAUCGGGACAGAGAACAAGAAGACGACAAGGCAAGCGCACGCACCAUCCCUUUGCAUUUGGCGGAUUAUUGGAUGCCCGGAAGGUGAUCGAUCGAUCGAGGUCUCGGGGGAUGGGGAUUGGGAGCGGCGGCGGCGGGGAGGCGGAGGAGGAGGCGGCGGCGGCGCUGGAGUACACGCCGACGUGGAUCGUGGCGGGGGUCUGCUCCCUCAUCGUGCUCGUCUCCCUCGCCGCCGAGAGGUGCCUCCAUUACCUCGGCAAGACGCUCAAGAAGAAGAGCCAGAAGGCGCUGUUCGAGGCUCUCCUCAAGGUCAAAGAAGAGCUGAUGCUUCUGGGCUUCAUCUCCCUGCUGCUGACGGUGUCCCAAGGGGUGAUCCAGAGGACGUGCAUUCCUCCCAGCUGGACCAACUACUUGCUGCCGUGUAAAAAGACAGAGAACCUCACCCGUGCGGACCCUUCGGAGGCGCAGUCCGUUGCUGCCGGGGUUUUCAGCCUCGGCGGCAGGCGGCUGCUUAACGAGGGUGGAUCGGGCCAUUGCCACAGCAAGGGAAAAGUUCCUCUGUUGUCGCUUGAAGCGCUUCAUCAGCUGCAUAUUUUCAUUUUUGUUCUGGCUAUCACCCAUGUGGUUUUCAGUGCUGUGACUAUGAUUUUAGGAGGGGCUAAGAUUCGUCAGUGGAAAGACUGGGAGAAUGUAAUUCAGAAAGAUGACACAAGAGAUGCACCUAGGAAGGUGACCCACGUUGACCAAUUUGAAUUUAUCAGGGAAAAUGUUAAUGGUAUUAGCAAGGAUUCUAUGGUAUUGACCUGGAUGCAUUCUUUUGUUAAGCAGUUUUAUGCGUCAGUUACUAAAUCAGACUACACAACAAUGCGACUUGGUUUCAUCAUGACACAUUGCCGAGGAAACCCGAAAUUUGAUUUUCACAAAUACAUGGUGCGAGCUUUGGAGGCUGAUUUUAAGAAGGUGGUUGGCAUACGCUGGUACCUCUGGUUAUUUGUUGUGAUAUUCAUGUUGCUGAAUGUUAAUGGUUGGCACACAUACUUCUGGAUCUCCUUCCUUCCCCUUCUUCUUCUGCUGGCUGUUGGCACCAAGCUGGAGCACGUCAUAGCUCAGCUGGCCCAGGAGGUUGCCGAGAAGCACUCCUCAAUUGAGGGCGACUUGGUUGUCAAUCCUUCAGACGAGCACUUCUGGUGCGCACGGCCGAGGGUAAUCUUGUACCUGAUCCAUUUCAUCCUCUUCCAGAAUGCGUUCGAGAUCGCGUUAUUCUUCUGGAUGCUGACUACCUACGGCUUCAACUCCUGCAUCAUGGACCAUGUACCUUUCAUCGUGCCAAGGCUUGUCAUCGGGGUCAUUAUUCAACUUCUCUGCAGCUACAGCACCUUGCCACUUUAUGCAAUUGUCACACAGAUGGGGACAUUCUUCAAGAAGGAGAUCUUCGACGAGCAUGUCCAGCAGGGCCUGGUGGGAUGGGCGCAGAAGGCCAAGCGGAGGAAAGAGUCCAAGGAGGCCACGGCCGGACCGGCACCCGGGCCGGCGGCACCGCGGGCGUCUUCUAGGCUGGAAAUGCUGCGACGAGCUGCCUCUGUACUACAGUGCAGUAGAGCGCCGCCAAGGUAGAGUUGUCCCAAAGCUGUAACGAAGAUGAUGAAGAUGCGUGUAUUAGUUUGAGGAAAGACGCUAUCAGCCUCAGGAAUAGGAUAUUACGCCUUAAGACUUAGUGUGCUGUAAUCAGGCUUGAGUCGUAGAAUUGAUGAAUUUGCUUUCACUGGCAACUAAAGGAAUGUAUACUGAGAUGAUGGUA